AUGGGAAGCAUCGGCGACGAAGUUAGCAAUGGCUGGACCAACGAGCCCAUUGCUAUUGUUGGCAUGAGCUCCAAAUUCUCGGGAGAUGCCACCAACACCGAUAAGCUGUGGCAAAUGUUGCUCGAGGGCCGAAGUGGCUGGUCACCCUUUCCCGAGUCGAGAUUCCAUCCAGACGGCGUUUUCAACCCAAACAAUGAACGGCUAAAUACGACACACGUCAAAGGUGCGCAUUUCCUACAGGAAGAUGUUGGAAUGUUUGAUGCGGCCUUUUUUGGCUACUCGGGAGAGACAGCAGCGUCCAUGGAUCCGCAGUACCGCCUGCAGCUGGAGUCAGUUUACGAGGCCUUGGAAAAUGCCGGUCUACCACUAGCCCAAAUUGCAGGCUCAAAUACUUCCGUAUUCAUGGGUUUAUUUGUCCAUGACUAUAGAGACGGUCUACUCCGAGAUGCCGAUAAUCUUCCUCGGUUGAUGGCUACGGGAACAGGUGUCCCGAUGAUGUCCAAUCGGGUCUCGCAUUUUUUCGAUUUGCGGGGGGCGAGCAUGACUAUAGAAACGGCCUGCUCCUCGGGUAUGACAGCGAUUCACCAGGCCGUCCAAAGUCUGCGAACUGGAGAGGCAGACAUGUCAAUAGUGGGUGGAGCCAACCUCACCCUCAACCCUGACAUGUUCAAGGCGCUGGGGUCUGCAGGAUUUCUAUCUAGCGAUGGCAAGUCGUAUGCAUUCGACUCACGCGCCAGCGGCUACGGUCGUGGGGAGGGUGUGGCUACUUUGGUAGUGAAAAGACUGAGCGAUGCCCUGGCUUCAGGUGAUCCAAUAAGGGCCGUUAUUCGUGAAUCAAUGCUCAAUCAAGACGGGAAAACCGAAACCAUCACAUCCCCCAGCCUUCAAGCCCAAGAGGCUCUGGUGCGCGGUUGUUAUCGCAAAGCAGGGCUGGACCCACGAGAAACACAGUAUUUCGAAGCUCAUGGUACCGGCACGCAGGCUGGGGAUACCAUCGAAGCGCGUGCUAUCGCAUCUGUUUUUUCUUCUAAUCGGGAACCGCUGCUCAUUGGGUCAAUCAAGACGAACAUCGGCCACACGGAAGCAGUAAGUGGACUAGGAAGUGUCAUCAAGACAGCCCUUGCCAUCGAGAAAGGGGUCAUUCCGCCAUCCAUCAAUUUCGAAAAGUCAAAUCCCAAGCUAUCUUUCGAAGAUUGGAAUCUGAAAUUGGUUCGUGAAUUGGAACAAUGGCCAUCGACUCCGGUCCGGCGCGCUUCUAUCAAUAACUUCGGAUACGGAGGCAGUAAUGCGCAUAUCAUUCUUGAGGGCAGUGCCUCCUGGGCCUCGCAUGGCUUUGAUGCCAACAGACAGCAAAAUGGAUAUACGAAUGAUGCCCUGAAUGCAUCCCAAAAGCGCGCCAAACUGGUGCAGCUCGACUCUCAUACACAGCCUGACCUUGAUUGUUCCAAGGUUUUAAUCUUGAGUGGGAAAGAUGAGCAAGCUUGCCAAAGGAUGAUUACAAACCUGUCAGAAUUUCUGGAACAAGACAGCUUCAGGCAUCAAAGCUUAGAAAGUUUCCUAGAGAGUCUUGUCUACACACUGGGUGAGCGCCGUACUCGAUUUCCGUGGACAGCAGCCCAUCCAGUUCGCGUCAUGGGCGGCACUGAAGCGAUCGUUCAAGCGCUCAAAUCCCCGAAGUUUAAGCCGACGCGCAGUUCCCGUCGUCCCAGAAUUGGCAUGGUAUUCACCGGUCAAGGUGCACAGUGGCAUGCGAUGGGGAGGGAGCUGGUUGACGCCUAUCCUGUUUACAGAGCUUCGCUUGAAGAAGCCGAAAGAUAUCUGAAACAGUUUGGGGCCAAUUGGUCCUUGAUAGAGGAGUUGUCGCGCAAUGUCGAGUCUUCCCGCAUCAACGAAGUUGCGUUGAGCACACCAAUUUGUGUUGCAUUGCAGAUUUCGCUCGUACAUCUCCUACGGGACUGGGGCGUCGUACCAACCGCCGUCACAAGCCACUCGAGUGGAGAGAUUGCAGCCGCGUAUACCGUUGGGGCGCUAAGUUACCGGGCAGCUAUGGCCUUCUCCUACUAUCGUGCUGUUUUAGCUUCAGACAAGAGUCUCCAAGGACCUGUCAAGGGCGGCAUGAUUGCUGUUGGACUCGGACUAGAAGAAACGGAGUCAUAUCUGAGCAUGCUAACAUCGGGAGAGGCCGUCGUGGCGUGUGUUAACAGUCCAUCGAGUAUUACAGUUUCUGGGGACCUUUCAGCGGUGAUCGAGUUGGAAGAACUCGCUACGGCAAAAGGAGUAUUCGCCCGACGCCUCAAAGUGGACACUGCCUGGCAUUCACAUCAUAUGACUCCCAUUGCAAAUGUUUAUUGCGAGGCACUUGACCGUAUUCAAGCCGAAAACAAAGAAUACGACAUGUUGAAAGCUGUGACCUUCUCCUCUCCAGUGACUGGAGGCCGGAUCACCCACGCCGACAAAAUUGCACGCCCUGAGCACUGGGUUGAGAGCCUAGUGCGGCCUGUUCAGUUUACAGCCGCUUUCACUGACAUGGUGUUGGGAGAUACAGACCUGUCUGCCUCCAACGUCGAUAUCAUCGUCGAGGUGGGGCCUCAUACAGCUCUGGGAGGUCCCAUUCAGCAGAUCCUCGCCUUGCCCGAGUUCGAUGGCAUACAGCUUCCAUACUUUGGAACUCUUGUCCGAAAAAUGAGUGCCCGGGAUAGCAUGCAGUCGCUUGCUGCUAAUCUUCUUCAGGAAGGCUACCCUGUUGAUUUAUCAAGUGUCAACUUUGCCUUUGGGCGGAACGAGCAUGUCACCGUGCUCACAGAUCUGCCAUCCUACCCCUGGAAUCACCAAACCCGACAUUGGAUUGAGCCAAGAUUGAAUAGGGCUCUUCGCGAGAGAGCGGAGCCUCCUCAUGAUCUUCUUGGAUCACUUGUGGAGGGAUCGAACCCGCUCACCCCAUCAUGGCGGCACGUCCUUCGCAUAUCUGAGUCCCCAUGGACUAGGGACCACGCUAUCCAGUCUAACGUUGUCUACCCAGCCGCGGGUUAUGUAUGCCUGGCAAUCGAGGCAGUUCGAAAGCUCUUGGCCAGUGCCCAGGCAACCCAAGCGAAAGAAGUUUCCGGCUAUAUGCUACGAGACGUCGACUUCCUACAAGCUCUGAUGAUCCCAGAUGGGGCAGAUGGCAUUGAGAUCCAGACAACGAUUCGCCCAGUCGACAAAAGAGAUGUUGCCUCUCAUGGGUGGCGUCAUUUCGAAGUGUGGACUGUGACCAUAGACAAUAGAUGGACUCAACACGCAAAGGGGUUGAUAUCCGUCGAAUUUGAAGCUCCCUCUGGGAACUCCAGACCUGUCCUAGGAAAUAUCAAGGGGUACUCUCGACGCGUAAUUUCCGCCGAUUUGUUCAUGAACCUCAGGUCCCUGGGAAUAGCGCACGGUCCUAUGUUUCAAAACUUCCAGAACAUUGUUCAGUCCGGCUCGGAAAUGCGCAGCCUCGCGACUAUUUCCGUUGCAGACACGUCGCAGCCCAAUGACCUCCCUCGUGACAAUAUUUUACACCCCGUCUUCCUGGACUCCAUCAUCACUGCCCCUUACUCUGCUCUUCCCGGAAUCGCCGGCCGCGAGUUUGCCGCUAAGGUGCCGAGGUCUGUUGAGAAAUUUUGGGUAUCCAGCAAGAUAAGCCACACCCCGGCGCAUCUUUUCAAGGCCGAAUCUUCGCUCAUUCGAAAUGACGAUUCAGGGAUGGCGGCAGAUGUACUGGUUUCGGACCAUGAUACCGGAAACACUGUCCUUGAAAUGAACGGGUUUACUUAUCAAUCACUGGGGCGAAACGUGUCACUUCAACAAAGUGAUGCCUGGGAGAAUGAGUGGUAUAGCAAAACAAUUUGGUCGCUCGACAUUUCGUCCGCCUCUCCAGCAACAGUGUCAUCGGUAAAGAAGCAAUUGGCCUGCGAAACCGAUCCUUUUAAUGACUCUUCCACGCGGGAAAUUUGGCGCGCGUGUGUCUAUUUCUUUCAGGAUGCGCUACUGGCAUUGCACCCGCGCGAAGUUCAAAACAUGCAACCUCGUCAUGCUUCGUUUUAUUCAUGGAUGAAUGCAACAGUGCAGCGGGCUGCAUCUGGAAAGUUAUGCGCUGGCAGUGAGAAGUGGGUUUCAGCCCUGGAUUCAGACAGGAAGCGCCAGAUCUAUCAGGCAUCUCAGCACGGUGAGGCUGGCGAAAUAUGUCAUCGUCUGGGUGCCCAAUUGGUAUCUAUUCUGCGAGGCAAAACAACGCCAAACGAACUAUUCCCGACGGACGACAUCUUGAUCCGCUUCUUGAGCGAGAUACCAAAGGUAAAGCGGGUUGGAUCGCAGCUCACGGGUAUUUUGCGACAUCUCGCCCAUAAAAGCCCUCGUGCUCGUAUCCUCGAAAUUGGCGCAGGGACUGGUUUGAUGACCAAAUAUGCCCUUGAAGCGUUGGGAACCAAGGACUCAGGUGGUCCACAUGCCUCGCUGUAUCACUUCACGGAUAUUUCGCAACGCUCCCUAGAGAAGGCGCGAGAAACAUUUCUGUCAUGGGGUGACCUGUUGUCUUUUGACGAACUCGACAUCAAUCAUGAUCUCCCAACACAAGACUUUUCAGAUGCCACUUACGACAUUGUCAUUGCUUCUGACCUGAAUCGGGGUACCAAAUCCCUUCCUGAUUCGCUUGACAGGAUUCAGCGUCUCCUCAGGCCCGGUGGAUCCCUCUUGCUGAUAGAAGAUAUCAAAGAUCAGAUCGAUGUGGAGUUCGUCAGCAAGUUGGUCUCUGAUCAGCCGCUGACCGAGAAGCGCAAGGAACCAGAGGCUACAAUGGCCAUCAAUGGGUUCUGGGAUCAUCAUCUUCGGAGCGCUGGAUUCACCGAACCCAUUCUCGAGCUGCCUGACUGCGAGAGUGAAACCUGGAGCUCAAUGAUAAUAUUUUCAACCGUACCAAUAUCCUCAUCCCAGAGGAUAAAUCCAAGCAACUUCAUCCUCGUUACGAGCCAUCAAAGUGGACCUCCCCCGGCAUCAUGGCUGGAGAGUCUCCAGGAUUCGAUUUCCAUUUUCACGAACAGCUCAGAAAGAAACGAAGUGGUUGUUCAUAAUCUUGAAUCUGUCGUCGCCAAACCCGAAAUUCUCUCCGGCAAAAUUACCAUCUUCGUGGGCGAAAUGAACGAGCCAAUUCUUUAUGACCUCGAUUCAGCAUCCCUAGAAGGGGUGCGUGCCAUGAGUACCUCCUGUCAAGACCUACUCUGGGUAACUCGUGGUGGUGCUGUUGACUGUGAAAGGCCCGAUUUGAGUCUUGCUCCUGGAUUUGUUCGCUCUCUUCGCAGCGAAUACGUUGGUCGCAAACUCCUGACAAUUGAUUUAGACCCCAAAGGACCACAGUGGUCCGAGGUCGGUGCGUCUUCAAUCGCACGGGUACUUUGCGAUGCUUUUAGCGAUACCGGGAAUGAUCAAUCCGCAGAGAAGGGCCCAGUGGAACUGGAAUUUGCCGAGAGGGGUGGGGUGAUCCUUAUCCCUCGAAUCUACCAUGAUGUGUUCAGAGAUAGAAUUCUUUCCUCUCGCGCUCUGAAUGCCGACACGCGGGAGAUGGUGGCUCUUGAACCGUUCUAUCAGUCAGAUCGGCGUCUUACCUUGCGACCCGAUUCUCUGGCCUUCAGUGAUGACGAGUCUGUCCUUGAAAAUUCAGCAGUGCUUUCCUCGUCUUCAAUUCAACUCGAACCCAGAGCCUUUGGAGCGUCCUUGCGCAGAGGAGAGAAUUCUCUGACCAGUCUUGAAUGCGCGGGAACUAUCACCCAGAUUGGCACCGAUGCAGCCUCGCGAGGCUUCUCUGUUGGUGACCGUGUUCUAUGUCUGUCAAAUGGAUCGUCAUUUUCGAACCGGGUGGUAGUGGAUUUCAGCUUUGCGAUGCACGUCCCUGGCGACAUGACCUUCCAAGAGGCAGCAUCAAUACCCGUGGCAUUUAUCACAGCAUAUUUUGCACUCGUGGAGAUGGCACGGUUACAGAACACUCACUCUGUCCUGAUUCAUGACGCAGCCGGAGAUAUCGGACAAGCAGCCAUCAUGAUUGCACAACACCUGGACGCAGAUAUAUUCGCAACCGUCGAUGGCCCCAGUGAGCGGAGCUUGGUCAUGCUGAAGUAUGGUAUACCUGCCGACCACAUAUUCAGCUGUAAAGAUGCAUCAUUUGGCCCUGCAACUCGCCGAUCUACGAAUGGCCGUGGAGUCGACGUUGUACUCAACUCGCUACCCGGACAGCUCCUUCAUGAAAGCUUUAAACUUGUAGCACCCCUCGGCCAUUUUAUCGAAACCGGAUGGCGAGAUUCGGAGGAAAACAGCUUUCUGGAGAUGCGACCUUUCUCUUAUGGCAUUUCCUUCGCGGCUGUUGACAUUCACAGUCUGUUGAAGCAUCGGUCCCCAGACGUUCACAGAUGUUUGAAUGAAGUGAUGCAGCUCAUCAAGGCCAAGGCAAUCACACCAGUGCAUCCUAUUGAUAUAUAUCCUUUGGGGGAAAUUUCGAAGUCGUCUCACCUUCAGAAUGAACGCUAUUUAGGCAAAGCUGUUUUCUCGGCUAGCCCGGGUGACGUGGUUCCGGUUUUGCCACGGACAGGGGCCGCAAAUCUUUCUGGCGAUGUCUCCUACUUGAUCGUGGGUGGCAGCGGUGGCCUCGCACAAUCGGUGGCGCACUGGCUGGUUUCCCGUGGAGCAAGGAAUCUUAUCCUCCUCUCACGCAGCGCUGCUAGAAGUGAAAAGACAGCGGCACUUGCUGAUGAGCUUCGCGAAGCAGGAUGCCACCGCGUCUUGCCUAUCAGCUGUGAUGUCGCCAACGAGGAUGACCUAGACCGGGCCAUCGAUUUAUGCGCUCAGGAGGGACUGCCAACCAUCCGGGGUAUUAUCCAUGCUGCUUUUGUUCUCAGGGACGCGUUCGUGGAGAAAAUGAAACUGGAAGACUGGAAGGCUACGAUCCAGAGCAAGGUUGCUGGCGCAUGGAAUCUUCACAAUCAGUUCAACAUACCAGGCGAUGUCGACUUCUUUGUGCUCUUCUCUUCCAUCAACGGAAUCCUUGGCUAUGCCAGUCAGUCGGCAUACUCGGCUGCUGGUGCAUACGAGGACGCCCUGGCACACUGGCGCGUCAAGCAGUGCUGUCUCCCUGCUGUUUCAAUUGAUCUCUCCGUUGUGAAUGAGGUCGGCUAUGUCGCGGAGGCUAGUUCAUCCGAGACCCUUCGCAGAUCCCUUCUCAAAGCCGGACGCAGGGUAAUUGAUGAGGAUCACGUCUUAUCCUCACUUGAAUCGGCCAUCAUAAACCCUUAUGAUCCCCAAUUUAUUGUAGGUGGCAUAAACUCAGGCCCUGGACGCCACUGGGACGCUGAUGGUGAUCUCGGUCGUGACAUGCGUGUCUUGCCACUCAAGUAUCGCCCACCCGUUUCCAGCGGACAGGAACAGGAGCAAAAUGGCAACGACUCCCUGGCAUCACAGAUAUCUGCAUGCACAUCCCGCGAUGAAGCCACCCGAGUCGUGGGGAAAGCCAUCGCGGAAAUGCUUGCCGAUAUGUUCUUGGUUCCUGUUGAAGAAGUCGACCUGGGCCAGUCACCAUCACAGCAGGGUGUCGAUUCGCUUGUUGCUGUGGAAGUGCGGAAUAUGCUCUUUAGCCAUGCUGCCGCCGAGCUGUCGAUUUUCAAUAUCAUGCAAAGUCCCAGUCUGAGCCUUUUGGCUGCAGAUGUCGUGGACCGGAGCCCUCAUGCCAAGUUCUCAACGGCAUGA